AUGGGAUGGAAGCGGAUUUCGAGAGCUGGAGGUUUUGCUCUCAAAGCUUUGCUCCUGCUCUCCCUCGUCGACUUCUUCGGAAUGCAGUGCAUCGGAGAGCAGAUUGCAGAUGAGGAUCCCGUUCCCCUCUCAGAGCUGGUCAGCGCUCAAGCCUCCAAAUGCAAGCAUCAGUCUUGCAAGCGAAGUAUCAUCCUUGGGUUUGCUAACAAGGGAUACAGCAAGUUUGCCUUCAACUGGGUCUUGAGCCUGCGCCAUGCUGAGGUAGAGAACUUCCUCCUAGUGGCAUUGGACGAGGAAGCACACCUUCACUUCACGAGGCACCAUGUCACCUCCUACUACAACGCCUCGAUGGGUACGACAGACGCCAAGUCGCAGCAUCACGGGUCGAAGACGUUUCGAAACAUCAUGGAGAUCAGGUUGCGCUAUGUUGUGGAGCUGCUUGAACAAGACUUCGACGUCUGGCUGACAGACGUCGACUCUGUCUUCAACACCGACCCCUUCGUCUUCCUCGAUGCUGACAGCGCUGCUGAGCUGGCCUACGACACGCCGUUCCUGCCCAAAGGGAAGGACAGUCCGCUAAUGGUAAUGGCUGGUUUCUUCUACAUGAGGAGGUGCAGCAAGUUCCCUGAGAACUGCGCGCUACUGAAAGAGACGAUCAAGUACAUCGACGAUCAUCCCGAGAAGCAUGAUCAGUUUGCCUUCAAUGCCGUGCUGUCGAGGAAAGAGGCCGAGGGGUACAAGUACAAACUGAUGGAUCCUCUGCUGUUCUGCAAUGGCGCCUUGUACUUUUCUGAGAGAGCUCCUCAGAUGUUGGGGAUGAAAUCUGCUGUCGUGCAGAACAACCACAUCACGGGUGUGUUGAGCAAGAGACAUAGAUUCAGAGAGCACCUCUUGUGGUACCUUGACCCUCCGUCUUACUAUCAGAACGAGACUGCAAAAUACCUUCUUUUUGAUAACGUCCAGGAUCCCCUCUUGGGGAUCGUACAUGAGAUGGCGUCUUUGAAAUCAGCGAUGUUGAUGGGAAGGAUGCUGAAUAGAAUCGUUAUUCUCCCGCUGUUCUGCUUGUACAACAAAGUCGAUGGAGUUUAUUCGGGAUCAUCGGAUUGGUGUACUGUCGAGGAGUUCAUCGAGCUGGACCCUCAGCUGACCAGGACGAGCAGAGGUGGCGGACGCAUCGAAGAAGCAAAGAUGAAGAUCAACGUAAAGGCUGACAAGUAUGACCACGAGGACGAAGGAGAUCUGAUCUUCACUUCAAAACACGACGACGGUGUAAAGUUUGUCUCUCAUGGUGGUGGAGGUGACGGCAGCGCAGGAGCGUCGGAAGAGGAGAUCAGGAGGUGGUUCGGGAAAGGGAGUCGACACGAAGAGGAGAGGGUGUUGUCGUUGGAGAGCUUGCUCGGGCGAGUGCAGGGGUUCGGGAGCGAGGAGGAGAGGGAGAAGUUCGAGGAGGACUGGGCGAGGGGAGUGAGGGAGAGAGAAGAAAUCCGAAGGCACAUCAACCACACCAUUUCUCAGCUCUCUCGUCCCUUCACAUGCCUGAUAGCAUGGGGACGAAAAUUUGAUGGGGAGAUGACGCCGGUGACUUGA